AUGAAGGUCUCCCUUUAUAUAUCCGCUCUCAUCACCGCACUCGCAACCCAGACAAGCGCCUACGACUGCUGGAAGAACACCGACGACGCCGGGCGCUGGGCGGACGUCAAGAAUCCCGCGGACCGCCUCGUCGACCUCUGCAAGCAGGGCAACGGCGAGCAUUGCUACCAAGCGGACAAGGGAAAGAUGGUCUGCUUACCUUCUAACCUUACAGUUGAUCCGGCCAACGUCGUGCAAGCGCUUGUCAACACGCUGGUGGACGUCUUCGAUGCGACGAGAGAUCUGUACCAGACCCUCAAGUCGAAGCAGAGGAGGGACUAUGAGCAGAAUUUGAGGUCACGUGGCUACAGGCGGAGCAUCGACUACGUGGACGAUGGCCCAGACGGCGAGGAAGAGAUUGUCAUGGACAAGGCGGCGGUCCGGAGGGUGUUCGAUAAUGGGCUUCAGGAUGUUGGCUCGCAGUUCGCUCUAGGAGAUGUCAUCUCGCAAGCUGGGCUACAGUCGCAGAUUAUCACUUUGCAGUCAGCCAUCAUCACGACGUUCCUCUACGGACCUACCUCGCCAGAGCCACUUUCGCACCAUCUCAAGACCUUACUCGAAGCUUCACGAGAGGCAGGGACAACCGCCGUCGACAUACUGACCGCGCAACUACAACGACAGAUCGCUGUCUUGCCGCCCACUCCGCGUUCGACAGCGAGGUCUCGCGCGGGGAGCAUGAAAGCACCUCCAUAUCCUGUAACUGCCACAAGCUCAGCAUCGACAGCGCUGAUCAAGUCGCGACAUGACCCGCCAGAAGAUUACCUGCGCUCAGUACAUCCCGCAAAGACCACCAUCCUCAGCAGACCUCCCGUACCGAGAACCGACACAGAGUCAACAGCUUACUCGGGCCCCACCGCUUACGGCACAGAGACCACCCUCCACUCCAACUUCUGUCUUUAUGCUCUCGACCUCCAGAGACACGCUUCGCAGCCUCUCGCGUCGAGCAUCACCUCUGACCCCUCGCCUUUCUGCCCAUACUGCAAGCGCUCACUGCACCUCUCGCCUGGAAGGUCAUGGGAGAUAUUCAAAGACGACGGCGUCCGCGAACGCUGCUUCCACGUGCAGAACCGCUUCGUCGUGAAGUGCCACCGCGAAGGCGUCGACGGCGGCUACUCGUGCGUGCUGUGCGCGCAGAGCGACAGCCACGAGACGGUCUGCGGCGACGUGAAAGCGCUGGUCAAGCACGUGUGGCAGGACCACGAUAUCGGCGAGCUGGAGGCCGAACUGGAUGUUGCUGAGCUUGUGGAGAAGAUGCCGGAGAGGAGGAGCGAUAGCGUGAUGGCGCCGAGUAGUCGGCGGAGCUUCAGUCUUGGACCGAGUAGGGGGGGAAGGCGCAGGCUGGAGAGGGAGGUGGAGACGUUGGAGAUUCGUGCGCCGAGGAGGGAUAGUGCGCCGAGGAGAGAUAGAGAUUGA